AUGACAAUGUCGAUAUCAAUAAUACUUUUAUUAAUUAGCUGUUGCUAUGCAGCUGAAAAGCUAUCGCAAUACAACGUCGAUCCUAGUGAGACGUCAGUGUCUGGUUUAUCAUCUGGCGCAUACCUUGCAACUCAAAUACAAGUUGCAUUUUCAGCCUCUAUAAAAGGUGCUGGGAUAAUAGCAGGCGGUCCAUAUGAUUGUGGAGCUCAAAUGAGUUACAUAAGUUGUAUGUACACAAGUACUCCGUCUAUAGCUACGUCCAUUUCAAAUACGAAAGCAUGGAGCGAUGACAAAAUCGACAACAUUCAAAAUCUUGCAAAGCACAAAGUUUAUAUGAUUUCUGGAACUUCGGAUUCAACUGUUGGUGUUUCUGUAAUGAAUCAGUUAUAUAAAUAUUAUGUGACCGAUGGUCAAUUCAUUCCGAGCACAAAUGUUGUAUUUAACAAAGAUUUGAAAUCGGCACAUACUUUUCCAACUGAUUUUGACAGUGCUGGUAAUAAUGGUUGUGGAUCUACGAGUAGUCCUUAUAUAAGUAACUGCGGUUUUGAUGGAGCAGGAGCAAUACUCGAACAUAUUUACGGCUCUUUAAAACCAAGAAAUAAUGGUGCACUCAGUGGAACAUUUAUUGAAUUUAGUCAAGCAGAGUUUCUAACUAGUCCAAGAAGUUAUGGAAUGGAUGAAACCGCAUGGAUUUAUGUACCUAAAAGCUGUGCUGAUGGACAAACCUGUAAAUUACAUAUAGCAUAUCAUGGUUGUGCACAGGGCUAUGAAAAAGUUGGUGAUAAAUUCGUCAAAAAUACAGGCUACAAUCGUUGGGCCGAUACCAAUAAUAUCAUAGUUCUAUACCCACAAGCAGUAGCUACAACUCUGAAAAACAUAGAAAGUAAAGCAACACUUCCCAAUUCAAAUGGAUGUUGGGACUGGAUUGGAUGGUAUGGUGCUGAUUUUGAUGUCAAAAGUGGUAAACAAUCGACUGCUAUGAAAAAAAUGAUUGAUCGUAUAACGAGUGGUUUCAACCCAAUCGAUACACCCACAGGACUUGAUGUUAUCGGUACUACAGAUGAUUCAAUUUCUCUUGUGUGGAGACAAGUUUCAGGUGCUAGUGGUUAUAAUGUUUAUAGAAAUGUCGGUAAAGCUAACAGCGAGUUAAUCAGUGAUACCACGUUUACGGACAAUAAUUUGAAUUCUGGUACAACCUAUGUGUAUACUGUAAAAGCUGUUUCAUCAACAGGAGCUGAAAGUAUAUUCUCACAGUCAGUUAAUGCUAAAACAACAGGUGAACCAUCAGCUGUAGAAACACCAAGCGGCUUAACAGUUACUCGUAUCACUUCUGAUUCUAUUACUUUACAGUGGGACUCAGCUUCAGGUGCGCAAAAAUAUAAUGUCUAUCGUGAUGGAAAUAAGGUAGCAGAUGUUAGUAUUACAUCGUACACAGAUACCGGUUUAAGUUCUGCAACUGAUUACUUAUAUCAAGUCUCAUCCGUACAAUACUCACAAGAAAGCCAAAAAUCUAACGAAGUCGAAGCUACAACACUUACUGAGAAGGUGUGUUAUAAUGAUAAUAAUUUUAAUCAUGUAACUGCUGGAAGAGCUUAUCAUAGAUUAGGCUAUGCGUGGGCUCUUGGUUCGGAUCAAAAUAUGGGACUUUAUAAUAUUAUUCAAAAAACAAAUCUUUGCAAAACAAAAGAAAGCUAUUACAUUAUCGAAUAA